ACUCCUUCACUGCAUUCACUUUUCUUACUAGGCUUUAAUCACUACGAAAAUAAUUGGAAAGCUUAUCUGAGCCAAUUUUUAUGAAAUCCCGCAUUCUGGGCCACAAUUAAAUGUGCGUUUUGUAAUUGACCCGCCGAGAGUUAAUAUAGUUUUUAUUUGCCAAUCACUAACGUGCAAAUGCAAUUAGCAAUUAGUGGCUUUGUUUGCUUUCCAUUUAAUUAGCUCUAAUGAAUAAGGCCUUCUGAUGUGAAACUUGUUGCGGCAAUGCUUGUAAUUGUUAUAUAAUAAAUUUAUAUAUAAAUUUAUAUUAUAUUUUGGUAGUUCAAGCGUAGUUUAAUUUUAAUUGUAAUUAAGUUUUAAAAUAGUUUAUGCCAGUUUAUUAGUAUUUAGUGAGUGCUUUUCAUGGCAUGUCCAAUCAGUAAAUGGGAGAGUCACUUUUCUGCUGUAUUUUAAAGAUCUGAGUUAUUCAGCUUGUAACUUCAUCUGGUUACACGAACCCCAGACCUAUAAAAUACCCCCAUGAUACUGUGCAUAAGCACUUCCUAUGCAAAUGGUGCCAAGAUGUUGCUAGUCCGUAAAUGGGGAACUUGAAUAGAGAGUGGUUCAGGUAGUCGCCUGCAUUGUGGUAAUUACUUUUGCCACGUGCGAGGGCAGCUGUUGCACGCACCUAUGCUGUUUUACUACUUCUGAAUACAUGUAUCUGUAUCUGUAUCUGAGGAGGCGCCCCUCACACACAUGACUGCAGAUACAUAUCUCGUGCUUAUAUAUACGAAGGGGAUCUAUGUGGCGUGCAUAUAUCGUAUAUGACAACUGGCAGCGGAUAUAAUAUGGGGGAGAGAGCGGGGUGCAGGAUGCGGUGAGCCAACUCCCCUAAUCAAAUAAUGCCAGUCGCACUCCGGACUCAGAAUUCAGAACGCAGGAUUCAGGAUUCAGGAUCUAUCUUUGCGGCUGUUUCUGUUUCUGUUUUAGUCUCUGAGCUGUUCAGUUCAAUUCAGCUUACUUCAGUUUCUGUUGCUGCAUUUGUACGUUGGCUGUGUCACAACAAAGGACGAGACAGGAUCCUCGCAAACAGCUGACAGCUGUGUGCCUGCCAUCUCUGUCUCUAUCUCUAUCUCUGUCUCUGUCUGUGUGUGUUAUCCUUGUGCGCUGUCAUUGCCCCUGCCUUCCUUUGAGUAUCUGCAUCCGAGUAUCCUGCGGAUACUCAGCAUCCCCCCGCACUCUUGUCGCGUGCCGUCUGCCGGCGUUUAAGUUUGAAUGCCUCUUAAAUUUUCCAAGCGGCUGGCCAGCUGUUGUGGGUGCCUCCAAUUUCUGGCUAAUCCGCUUGACAAAUGCCACCGACUGCGCUGAUUUGCUGCUGGCCAAAAGGCAAUUAAGUUGGCCGCCACAAAAGGACAACACGCGUGCAUCCAGCCUGCGGGCUCAAAGGCAUGUCUACUCGUAUAUCCAUGCACGUGGGUGGCAAGAUCCGGAUAAAGUUGGCCCCGGAACACUGCCUUUUGCUCCGUGUUCCUGUGGCAACCAAAUGUAACGGUCGCUUGGGCAACAAAAAUCCGGCGAAGGGCUGCCUUUAGGGAGAGUUUUUGGUCUGCACAAACAUCAGAGCCGAACAAGUUUUACUUUUACGAGGAGAAGUCGACAAAAUGUUACCCUUUAAAAGAACUAAGUGUUUCUACUGCUUUAAGGGGUCGCAAAUCUAAGUGACACAUUUAACAUUCUUAAAGCACAACGGGCUACGUUUUGUUUCAACUUUUUGAACCAAAUGAAGUUGAGCUCUACUUUAUGACUUACGUCAGAAAUAUGUGCAUAUUAAACAAAACUCUUCUGUGAAAGCAUGCAUUAAAAGUUUGCCAUAAAUGAUGCCGCUAUACGGAUGCUAAACAUAUUAAUAAAAGCCUGAUAUGUUUUCAACAAACAAUAAACUAUUUAAAAUAUUUCGGCAAAGAAACAAAGCAGCGAGCGAACAAAGGGAACAAGAACAACUAGUUCUUCUAUGAAUUGAAAACACAUCUUUAAGAACUGAAAACACACCUUUAAGAAUUGAAAACACACCUUUAAGAUAGUUAAAUUAUGUGACACUUUCGGCGCUGACAAAGUGCUGAUAUGAUCUGCUCUACACUGGUUACGUAUAAUCCAAGGCGGCUUUAAAACACAUUCAUCAUACCCCUCAACUUGCCAACUAAGUGGUAGCAAAACAGAAUUAAAGUCGCGAGGGAGCGCAUAUGAGUUGGUAAAUAAGAAUUAAAAACGCUGAUAAAGCGAACCGAAUGAAACGCCGGCUGCUCCUGCAAUUCGCCAGGGGUUUUUAGGUUUUAGGUUUUUAGUUGGGACCGCGUUGAAACGUCUCGUCUCAGUGAAGUUGGCAGUGAAAUGCGUUUCAACCCCCGUUUGCUGAGCAGGAGCAGAUGUUUCUGCCUUUUCACAUUCAUAUUCACAUUCACCAGCACAUUCAGCAGCACAUUCACAUUCACAUUGAGUUCCUCGGCGGCCUAAUGGAACGCGCCAAACACAGUCGGUCAUUGUACGGGUGUCUUGUGUUAUGUACAAGUAAAUGGUGUUCCAUGGGGUGGGGAGUAUGCUCGUAUCGGAGCACGAUCCACUCGACUGCGCGCCGGCGCAGGAAGUGGAGGAAGUUGAGGAGCUGCCGGCUGGAACGGCUCUCCAGAUCAGUCGAGUCGCAGUUGCCGAGGCGAGCGGAUCGUUAACCCUGCACAGUGAUCAACUACGAAGAAUAAAACCCAAAGUAGUGAAAGAACACCCCUUAGAGGUUGUGGAAUUACCAACCAGUACAGUGCCAACGCCAGCAUGUCGCAGCACAACUAUACGAAUCCGGCCUUCUGCCAGAACAGCGAGUUUUAUCCGGUGCCCAGCGGUAACGGCAACUCGGCCUCGCGAGUGGAGUCCAUCUACAACAGAAGCCUCCAGAUGAACUUUGGAGCGGCUCCUCCGCGCGCCACUCGUGAUCCCCGCGAGGGUCCCCUGCGAAUGCAGCGUAGCAUGUCCACGCGCUCGGUGACGCGGAAACAACACCACCAACAGCAGCAGCAGCAACAGCAGCAGCAGCAGCAACAUCUGCAGCAGCAACAGCAGCAGCAACAUCUGCAGCAGCAACACCUGGCGCAGCAGCAGCAGCAACAGCCGCAUCAGCAGCAAUCCUCUAGCGGUCGCUAUGCCUUGGUUCCUCUGGAGGAGCUGAACAGCAGCAGGGCCAGUAGAUACGCCAUAGUUCCCGGACAGGCGGCCCAGCGCUUGGCCAGAUCGCAGGAUAAUCUGGAUCGCUAUGGCUCCAGACAUGGAUUGCACGAAGAGGAGGAGCCGCACUCCUUCCACGAGGAACCCCACCAGGAGACACAGUUCGCCAGCUUGCCACCCAUACUCAAUUUGCCGUCCAGGCCCAGGAAUAUCAACAACAACACCAAUCUCAAUCCCAAUCCAAAUCAGAUUAAGCACGCUUUUAGCAGCGACUUUGGCAGCAAGACCUUCCUGAUCGUGGAUAAGAACAGCAACCAGAGGUACCAGAUGGUGCCCACCGCCGAGGACGAGGAGCUGGUGGACGAGAACCAGGAGAUCAUACAGAUGCACAAUGGCCGUGCCCAUCGAUAUGCAGUGGUGCCCACGGAUGCGGACGACGAUGAGCUGGCGGAGGAGCAGGAGCAGCAGGAAACCUGCCUGAGCAACAUGGAACUGAGCAGGCAGUACGCUGCAAGGACCUCAACGCCGCAGCAAAAGAAUGCAGCUGCCGCCACAAGGGCGUUGCAUGAGCUCCUGACCACGCCCAGAAAGAUGCAGCCGCCUCCGAGACUGGCGCACUCCACGCCCCGCAACGCCGCCCACCACGAGCAACUGCAGCUGGAGCGGCGCUUGGAGAUCUACAAAAGCCAACAGAUCUACCAAAGUCAGCAGGUUGGCGCGGUGGCUGGAGUGCCUCCAGCAUUACCACUGCGCCAGAACCGACUCUCCCCGCAGAGACUGCACUAUGAGACGGUGAAGCCGCUGCCCAUGCAGAUCGCCGAUCGAUCCAUGGCCGUCAUCAGUCCCAGGGUGCAGGAGCAGGAGCAGGGGCAGGGACAGGAGCAGGAACGGGAGCAGGACAUGAGCAGCAUCCAGGGCAAGGGCAAGAAGAACAGCUCCUAUCCGCAGAAGAUGGCCAAUGCCACCAUUACCCUGGCCGUGGUCUCCCUGAUGCUCGUCCUGGGCAGCACCAUGAAUGCGGGCCUCAUCAUCUACAUGAUAGCACACCUGGGAAAGUCCUUUUACCUGCAGUUCAGCCUGGUGGCCUCCUUCUCGGGAAUGGGACUCGGCUUCCUGGGCUUCAAGUCGCGCCACUGCGAGUGGCUGCCGAACAGGAGCUAUAGCUCCGGCUAUAUCCUGGUCACCGUGUUUUGCCUCUUCAAGUCCUGCGGACUGCUGGUGAUACUCGUGGUGGAUCCGUUCCCAGGAUUUCCGGUCCACGAUGUGACCACUGGCGUCAUACUGGGUCUGUCCACCUUCACCAUGUUCUUCAUCGGAUUGGGAGUGCUGGGCAGCUUGUGGUGCCACCGACCGCCGCCAGACAACCGCGUCAACGUGGUCUAAUACCCUGGACAUAGUUAAUGCUAGACUCUAAUUAGUUGUACACCAACACCAACACCAUCCACUUUGACUUCAAGAACUUGACACACCGAACGGCUAAAAGACCAAAAACCAGAACUAGAUUUAUAAUCAGCGGAAGAUCAUCAUCCCCGAAACGACUGUACAUAACAAGUGGGUUGUACCUAUUGCUAACUUUAGUUUGUUUAACUUAUUGUUCACCUCGAUAUAAGUAUGUUACGGUAUAAGAAUACAAUAAAGGCACGCAGAUACCAGUA